UGUGAGACCGGAGCACCUCCUGCUCCUCCUCCUCCUCUUCCUCCUCUUCAUCACCUGCCGGUCCGGCGUCUCACCAUGGAGCUGGGGCGAGUCCGCCUGGACCUGAAGACCCUACUGCUGACCAUGAUGAUGUUCAAGUGGGGGACGCUGUGCUCGGCCUCGUCGGCCCGCUGUCUGUCCGCGCCGUGUCUCAACGGAGCGACCUGCGUGGACCACCUGGACGACUACGCGUGCCUGUGCGCGCGCGACGGGGUCCGCCACAUGGGCAAGAACUGCGAGCUGCUGUACGACGCGUGCGCCUCCGCGCCGUGCGCGGACUGCACCGGCACGCCGGGCACCGCGCACUACCGCUGCGCCGAGGAGGUGGACGAGUGCCAGAGCAACCCGUGCCCCGGGCCCCGGUCCCUGUGCGUGGACCAGCCCAACGGGUACUUCUGCCGGUGUCCCGCCGGGUACGGGGGACGCGGCUGCGGGACGCGCGUGACCGACUGCGUGGACGAGCCGUGCGGGAACAACGGGACGUGCGCGCUGCGGCCGGAGGGCUUCGAGUGCCGCUGCCCGCCGGGGUUCGAGGGGAGCGCGUGCGAGGAGGACGUGGACGAGUGCGCGUCAGAGCCGUGCCAGAACGGGGCCAUCUGCAUGGACGGGCCGGCCCGGUUCAGCUGCUUCUGCGUGCCCGGCUUCCAGGGCCACACGUGCGAGGUGGACAUCAACGAGUGCGCGUCACGGCCCUGCGAGAACAACGGCACGUGCAUCAACGAGAAGGACCGGUACGAGUGCGAGUGUCUGGAGGGGUUUGCAGGAGUGAACUGUGAGGCCGAGGUCGAUGAGUGUGAGUCGGGCCCCUGCCUCAACGGGGCCGCCUGCCGCGACCUGGUCGCCGCCUACGCCUGUGACUGCCGGCCCGGGUUCCACGGCGAGGACUGCGAGGUCGACGUGGACGAGUGCGCCAGCACGCCGUGCAGCAACGGGGCCGCCUGCCACGACCUGGUGAACAGCUAUGAGUGUGACUGCAGCGAUACGGGCUUCCAGGGGGUCCACUGCGAAGUGGACAUCCCUGAGUGUGCCUCUGACCCCUGUCAGCACGGGGCCUCGUGUUUAGAGGGAGUCAACGGAUACACCUGCCUCUGCUGGCCAGGUUUUGAAGGACCGAACUGCGAGGUCGACAUCGAUGAGUGCGCCGAGCGGCCGUGCCAGAACGGCGGCGAGUGCUUCGAGCGUUCGGAGGCGUCCCACUGGGAGCCGGACUGGGAGCUGCGCCUGGCGGACGCCGCGGGGUACGUCUGCCAGUGCCAGCCGGGGUUCGCAGGCGAGAACUGCUCCGUGGACAUCGACGAGUGUGAGUCGGAGCCGUGUCACAACGGGGGGUCCUGUGAGGACCGGCUCAACGGACACGCCUGCCGCUGCCCCGCCGGCUUUCUGGGUGAGCUGUGCGAGGUGGACGUUGACGAGUGCGAGAGCCAGCCGUGUCAGAACGGCGGCCGCUGCGAGGACGGCCGCGCCUCCUACGCCUGCCGCUGUCCGGAGGCGGCGCCCGGCGAGCUCCCCUGGGGAGGCGCUCACUGCGGCGUGGAGCUCUCCGGCUGCGUGGACCACGAAUGCCAGAACGGCGCCACCUGCCGCCCGUGGCUGCGGGGCGGCGAGCCGGGCCACGCCUGCCUGUGCCCUCACGGCUUCUACGACCAGCGCUGCUCCACCAGCACCACCUUCUCCUUCUCCGCCGCCGGGUUCAUCCACCUCCAGGUGGCGCCGGAGGAGCUGCAGCGCCCGGCCCGCCGCCGCCUCGCCGUGCAGCUGCGCUUCCGGACCACGCUGCCCGGCGUGCUGCUCUUCUUCAGGGGCGACGCGCAGAACCACCUGAGCCUGGAGAUCGUGGACCGGGGCCUCCGCGCUAAAGCCUUCUCCCAGGAGGCGGAGCUGGGCGUGGCGUUGGCCGGUCCGGUGAGCGACGGGGACUGGAGGGACGCCCGCGUGUCCGUCGACCACCGCGGCCUGGUCCUGGUGCUGAAGGGCCCCGGCUGCGACGGCGCCGGAUGCAGCGCGACGGACGGCGGCGCCGACCCGCCCUUCCGCCCCUCGGCAGCGUUCGCUCACCUGUAUGUGGGCGGGGCCCCGGAGGAGCUUCUGGAGCUCUCCGCCAGCGGCGCGGGCUUCAUCGGCUGCAUGGAGGACCUGGCGGUGGACUCCCGUCCCGUGCUGCCGCAGACGCUCCCGGAGGGGCGGGGCCACCAGCCGGGCUGCAGCAAGACGGACUGGUGCCGGCCGGCGCCGUGCGGCGCCCGCGGCCGCUGCGUGGACCUGUGGACCGGAUACCGGUGCGACUGCUACCGGCCCUACCACGGCCAGCGCUGCUCUGAAGAGUUCCCGUCCUGGACGUACGGCCACGAGGACGCGGCGAGCUUCAGCGUCCACGCCGUGGGGCGGGGCCACGGGAGCAGCUUCAGCGUGUCCUUCUUCCUGCGCUCGCUGAAGCCCGACGGGCUGCUGCUGCAGCUGAGGAGGCCCUCGGGGGCCGCGUACUUCUCCGUCUACCUGGGCAUGGGGAGGCUCUCCGUCAGCUCGCGGCCCCGCGGCGGCGCCGCCCUCAGCGCCCCCGUGUUCCUGACCACCGGCGAGCAGCAGCUGCUGCAGCUGGAGGUCCGCGGCGGCCGGGUGACCUUCGAGCGCGCCGGCCUCCGCUACGGCAUCGGGGAGAUGCCCGAGGUCGCCGUGGAGGCCGGGGACCGCGCAUACGUCGGGGGUCUCCCCGGGGGCUGGGACUCGGCCGCCUGGGGGGGGCGCUACAAAGGCUGCCUGCAGGACCUCCGCCUGGACUCGGUGCGCCUGGACCCGGACGCCCGGAACGGCUCCGACCAGCAGGGGGCGCCGUACGCUGAGAAGGUGGAGAAGGACUGCGUCAGCGACGCCGCCUGCAAGGUGAAGCCGUGUCUCAACGGAGGUCAGUGCAGCGUGACCUUCAACGACUUCUCGUGUUCGUGUUCGGCUCAGUUCACCGGGAAGACGUGCGGCACGCGGGUCUGGUGCGUGGGCCGGCCCUGUGACCCCGGAGGUCACUGCCUGGACCUGCCCGACGGAUACGAGUGUGUGACCAACGCCACCUUCGCCGACAGCCCGGUGCACUACAGCGCCGGCGGCUCGCUGACCGGGCCGGUGUCCAGCGUCUACGUGGAGCUGCGGACGCGCUCCGAGAGCGCGGUGCUGCUGCGGGCGUCCCGCGGCGCCGCCCGGCUGACGGUGGCGCUGCUGGACUCCUCGGUCCGGGUGGAGAUCCACUCCGGCGGCGGCGUGGAGCCGCUGGCCUUCACGGGCGUCCGCAGGGUGGCGGACGGCGGCUGGCACCGCGUGAACGUGUCCAUGAGCGGCGCGCGGCGCGGCGCGUCCCCGUGGGUCAUCACGGUGGACGGCAUCACGGACGCCAGCAGCGCGCCGCAGAGCGCCGCCAGCCUCGACUUCCUGAACCGGGACGGCGCCGCGCUGGCGCUGGCGGAGCGCUUCACCGGCUGCCUGGGCGCCGUGCGGCUCGGCGGCGUCUACCUGCCCUUCGUGGACGACUCCGGGGCGCCGCAGCCGGCCCGGUUCCGCCGGGCCGGAGAGCCGCGGCCGCUCCGCCUCGGCUGCAGCGGCGCCCCGGUGUGCGACCCGAACCCGUGCGAGAACGGCGCCGCGUGCCGGGACCUGUUCGACCUGCCGGGCUGCGCGUGCGCGGCGGGCUGGGAGGGCGAGCGCUGCCAGACGGACGCCGACGACUGCGCCGCGCGGCCCUGCGGCGCCAACGGCCGCUGCGAGGACCGCCUGGCCGGCUUCCGGUGCCGCUGCCACGCCGGGUUCACCGGCGAGCGCUGCGACGAGGACCUGGACGAGUGGGAGUACCCUCCUCUCCGGUGUGAUGAAGACCUCCGGUGUGAUAACGAUGGCGUCUGCUCUGACGGUCUGUGGGGAGCCAACUGCAGCUGUGAGCCGGGCUUCACGGGCAGCAGGUGUGAGUUGGAGGUGGAUGAGUGUGAGUCCAACCCGUGUCGUCAUGGCGGUUCCUGUUUGGACCGGUUCAACAUGUUCGUGUGUUUGUGUCCGCCGGGCUACAGCGGGCCGACCUGCGACACCAACAAACAGGCCCACCGACAGCCCUUCCCCUGGCUGCUGGUGGCCGGCCCCCUGCUGUGCCUGUGCGUGGUGACCGUGGUCAUCGUCAUGGCGUUCGUGGCGUUGACGGCGAGGAAGAAGCGUCAGUCGGAGGGCGCCUACAGCCCGAGCACACAGGAGGGGGCCGGGGCGCGGCUGGAGAUGGACAGCAUGAUCAAAGUGCCGCCGGAGGAGCGGCUCAUCUGAGGGGGGGGGGGGGGGGGCACUCUGAACUGUCUGGGGGGGACACCGCCCCCUGGUGGAGGGACCGGGUACUGACCCACCAGCUCUGUGUCACUACAGAGGAGAGCGGAGAGGACAGAGAAGCACACACACACACAGAUAUACACACACAGAUAUACACGCACACACAGAUAUACACACACAGAUAUACACGCACACACAGAUAUACACACACAGAUAUACACACACACACAGAUAUACACACACAGAUAUACACACACACACACAGAUAUACACGCACACACAGAUAUACACACACACAGAUAUAUACACACACACAGAUAUACACACACACACACACACGCAGUGGGACACGUGGCCCUCUGACCUUUGUGACGCUCAAAGAAACACGGCGUGUGUGUCGUACUUCCUGAGGGUCUCCGUGUCGUCGUGGCGACCACUGAGUGGCUCCUGUGUGAGCUCUUCAUCGUCGUCAUCAUCAGUUCUCUCUUCACUCUUCAGGACCUCGAGGAGCUUCAAUGUGUCUCAAUGUCUAAAUGUUUGAUGUCCCGGAGCCUCUGGGGGUCGAUGUGUUUCGUGUGAUGUCAUCGAUAUGCAAAACGGGAUUUUGGGGCUUGGAAAAAUCAACUGGAAAAAUCUGUAAAAACUUUGUAUUCCACAUGUGAGAGUGGAAGGCCGGCGAGGGCCGUCUCCACGUCGCCUUCUGUACACUUUGUAUAUUUAAGUUUAAUAUUGUUUCUUCGUCUUGUAAAAAAAGUUCACUCGUUUUUUUAGGGCACGGUGGAAAUAUUUCACAAUAAGACGAAAGGAAUAAAGUUUAGAAGAUGAAACUGAGGACGGAACGGUCGGGUUGUUAUUGUUAUGUUCACAACGAAUAAUAAACAUGCAGUACAUCGGA